GGCAGACUGGUUCCUUCUAGACAGCCGGACGGUUCGCCACGCUGCCAUCGGCUUGUUCUGCUGCGGGGUCUCAGUCUACCUGACAGCUCUCGCCAUCUACAUGCUGCUGCUGUUUGAACUGGAGGCCGGCAUCGCCAGCGCUUGUAUCCUCUCCUCCGGCGUCAUCGUCCUGCUGAUCACGGUGACGCACGCCCUGGUACGGGCUUCCCAGGUUUCACGCCGCAGCCACUCCGAGGUUUCUCACACCCUGUACGAGAACGACUCUGCCCAGCACGGCGAAUCCUCCACCAGCGACCUGAACAACAAGAACGUGGCUGCACCCCGGCCCCGGCCUGAGAUCCACCGGGAAUUUUCCUUCCCUCCUUUCCUGGAGCACAAAUCCCAGCUGGGCUCUCCGGCCAGCAGUAACCUCACCUCCUCGGGCAGCCCCGGGCUUCGCUCCGAGAAGGAGAGCUACAACCUGCCCCGAACCCACAGGACGCUGUCGGCAGAGUCCGGCCUGCUGCAGGCGCAGGGCAAGCCCUGGAACGGCGUCACGCAGGAGAUGAGGAACGUGCUGGCACGCAAACCUGGAGCGUCGGGCAAGGACUCGACUCUGGUGUGA